AGAAUUUUUAAAUCCACGCUUUAUUCGUGACCAACAUGUCGUUGAAAACGCUAGUCUUCUGUGUUUGCGUCACUUUAGCUUCGGCGGCGAUCCAGCGCUCAGCUUUGGAGCCAAUCCCUGAUAAAUUUAGUGGCCUUCAAGGCUGUUACAUCAGGGAGUUCGAUGGUGUCCUUCCCUUUGAUUCUGUAACAUACUCGAAGGAAGCAGAAUGCACCCGAUACUUCUGCGCGCACGAUGCUGUCAUACACCAAUCGUGUAAAGAUGAGCUGGGCAGAGACACCCCUGUAUGUACCUUUACCAAGGCAGAAGAAAAUCCUAACAUAAUCUGCAUUCUUUAAACAAAGCCUUCUUGAAAAAA